AUUUGUAUAUUAUUUAGGACGUAUUGCUUUAGAUAUGAGAUUUGGUUGAUUGAAACUUGAUAAAAAAAUCGAAGGGCUUAAUGGAUCAGUGUUCAGCAUAAAUUAUUUAUAUAUUUUUUUUAUAUCGAUCUGUGUCCACUUUGGGCGACUUAUCAUUUUUUGGGAAGAAAAAGCCUAAUUUUCUAUACGUCAAGGUUUUCCCAUCGUAAGGGAUUUAUGGGAAUUUAAAAUAAAGUCAAACUUAAUGUUUUAACAAAAUGUUUAGUGCAAGGUCUAGUUGAAUAUCUGCUCUCUAUGUUACUAGAUAAAAAGCUAUUUGUUUUUUAGUGUUCUAUCAAAUAUGUAGUGAUUUUUUAAAUUCUGUGUCAGAUUUUAACAUACUUCGCUAGGAAAUCUAGAGUAAAUUCAAAAUUGUAAGUAGAAACAUUAUGUACUGGUUGCGGGCUGCUGCUAUACAAUGUGUAGUCUCCAGAGUCAGAAAAUAUGUAAAAUGGGCCUCGGAGUUUUGUUUCUACAUUCUACAGUAUCAAAUUAAAAAGUAAGUUCGUGAAUGCUUAUUUUCAGUGCGCUGGUUAUUCCGAUAUAGAUAAAUUUUAAAUAAAACAGAGUAGAACAAUUGACAGUGUGAGUUGUUUAAUUGUUAAUUCAAGGAAAUAUUGUGACUUGUCAUGUAGAUUUUUACUCUUUUGUCUUGUAAGUUCAAUCAUCAUUUUAAUUUAUUAUUUUGAGAUAUUCACUGCUCAUGGCAACAAUUCUUUAUUUUUAUGAUCAUAUAAGGAAAAUUACUGAACUGCGUUUUAGUAAUUUAUUAUACAAAAAAAACCCAUUAAAAGAUAUAAAAUUUUUCGCAUACAUUUAAACUUAUUAGAUAUACAUAAUAUCUACUUCUAGGCGAUUUUAUUUCGUUUACAAUAAUAUAUAUACCUGUUGUAAGGAUAGUUGCAAUAGAAAAAUAUGUCAAUGAUUACGUUUCUAAAAUUGGAACUAGAAAUAAAUUAUAUUUUACGCUCAUGAUCUGCGCAGUUUAUUACGUAAAAGAAUCAUGGAUGAUCUUACAAAUGGUAAUGAUGAAACAGAUAGUUUAAUUGACAGUGAAAUUGAUAUUCUUCCUGAAGAAAUAAUGCUAGAAAUUUUUAAGUUGCUGCCAGUGGAAGCUAUAGUAGAAUGUGAAGGUGUUUGCCAAAAAUGGAGGAGAUUAGCAAGAGAUACUGGGUUGUGGAGGCAUAUACAAAUAGUGUGCUCUGGGAAAACAGGCAUGACAGAAGCAUGCGAGGCAAAUAUGGAAAUCAUUAAAACACACAGUGAAUGUGUCCGUCUUUUGAAGCUGCAGUAUAUUUAUAAUUACUCAAUUAUUAAUUCAGUCAUUAACAUAUGUCCUAAUCUAAUUUCUUUAGAGUUGGUCAUGUGUCGGAUAGGGCAAGAAUUUGGAACAGACAUAAUUAAAUGGCCUAAGUUGAAAAAGUUAAAUUUGAAAAAUUCACUUUUACUGAAUAGUAAAAAAUUAGAUAUCCAGUUUGACCAGUUUAAAUAUUUAAACUAUUUGGCUUUGUCUGAUUUUGGAUUGUCACCUAAUAAUUGUGAUACUUUGCUGCAUUGUAAGUACUUAACACACAUCUUAAUUGAAAAGAUUAGAGAGCUUCCAUUAGAAUAUACAAAAGCUUUGAUAUUAUCUAAACAAGAUAUUUUAAUAGCAUUUCAUAUAUUUGGUUGUGAUUCUAUUGAUGAUCAUUGUUUGUUUUUGCUAUCCCAGUGCCCAUGUCUAAAAGAUCUUGCAAUAAUAAGAUGUGACCUCUUGACAGAUAAAGGAUUGUCAUAUUUAAAAUAUUUGAAAAAUAUACAGCAUCUGCAAAUUUGGAACAACAUAGUUUUCUCUGAAAUAAAUUUACUAAAAACACUGAGUAGCCCAAAUUUAAUGAAACUGCAAAGUUUAAGCCUAUCUAGGAUCGGAUACAUUUCACCAAUCAUUGUUGAUGUUAUUUCUGAAUAUUACACUAAUCUCAAGUUUUUAGCUGUUUAUCAAUGUCCUAUAUUAAUAUAUACGGACUAUGUGAGCCAGCUUAAAUCAAAAUUCAAAGAUAUUGUUCUGUUAUAUUAGAAAUUAAUUAAAGAAUUAAAUCUAUACUUAUAAUAAAUCAAUAAAUAAAACACAAUUUAUAAAAUCUGAAGUGUAUUUUCUGUACAAAUAAUGGCAUUUGAUUAACAAGAAAAAAUUAAGGAAUAGCACUAUUUUAAGGACCCGAUUUAAAUUUUAUUCUAGUCACCAGGCAAACAAUUCAUGAUGAAUUCUAGGUUUAAUUUAUACAAAAAUAACAUUUCAUUAAAUAUUUUCAUGUUACUACGACAUAGACAUAAUGUUACUGUCUAUAUUCUACAAGAAUGGUAAUAAUUACAUUAUAUUUAAAGUGUUUAAAACUUGAUACCUACAGUAUUAAGAUAUAAUAAUAUCUACUGAUAUUAUGUUGUGUCAUAAUGACGUUUAAAGAUAUUAUAUUGUGAUGAAGAAA